GCAUGCGCGUCCCAAAUCAAUACACGCCGCCAUUGGUCACACAGUAUCCAAAAUGCAGGCCAAAAUGCAUGUUUUUCUCCUGUUUGUCUGCUUUUACCAUGUACAAGCGAAUUUGGAAGGUCCAUUUUUAUUUUUCGGUCCGAAAUCUUUGGAGAAGUACAAGCGUCCAGCCCUUAGUCCUCUAGAGCAGGAUGACUUGAUGAAAGUGUACGGGGAACAGGCCGCGAUUGUGGUGUUCAAUAACCAGGAUGCCGUGCCGCUGUCCAGUGGAUACUUCCCACGGCUGAGGAAGAUGCUGGAAGGCCAGACAAUGCUGGUCCUGCCACAGGACUUCUUGGACGUGCAUCCGGAUUAUAUUAGCAAUGAGACUCAGGUGCUGACGCUACAAGGGCCGUGGUCGGAGCGAGACGCGCAGAUGACCGAGACUUUCGCGCGGCUCCAGGACAUUUAUGGACCUGGGAAAGUGCUUGGGAUAUUAGGGAACUCAAUGUCACAUAGCCAAGCCUACGACGAGCCGUGGGCCCGGGUGAAGCGACAGCUGACUGAGAGCUCCAGCCCCUCUACGACCACGGAAGAUGAUAGGCCAGCCAAGUCACUGCCUACAUUCGCUCUCUACAACGCAACUGGUCAGCCGGGGAAAAACGCCCUUCUGUAUUCCUCGUCUUGGCCCGAGCUGCGCUGGAAGAACGGCUCGGUGAUGGUGUUCGACACGCCGGUGGGAGUCGCCACCGUCAAGCCCACCAGGUUAUACACCAAUCUGGUGGUAAGAUUCGCUGAUGGAGACUCUAGGGAUAAGAUCACCCUCGAGUUCAGCUUCAAAGAAGCAGCUGGUUGGUGGACGGCCGUCGGGGUGGACGUCAAGUUCGGGCUGGAGAGUACCGGCAUCAGCCUCAAGGCGCCGGCUGCUCCGGACGCGCCCACUGCUGUUCUCGGCAGGUCGUAUCACUGUUCACUGCCGCUGGUGUAUACCUCUGAAGAAGCCACGCUCACUUUGUCUGAUGUUAAAAUGCAGCCGUAUAUGGACAGCACCAAUGAGUUUGAUGAUUCCUUCGACUGCAUAGGAUUCACCACCGUACCUAUUUGGUCUGGCCUAAUGGUUUCCUUCAUAAUGCUGAUCGGUUUGGGCAUCUCAAUCUCCAUGAUCUGGGACAUCAAGACCAUGGACCGCUUCGAGAACACCCGCGGCAAGCAGCUCACUAUCACCGUCAAUGAGUGAAACAACAUUACCAUCCAUAUUAUUUGGUUCAACUUGUUUACAUUCAUGAGAAACGUCAUCAUUUCUUUAUUUUUUUACCUUUAUCGUCGUUUAGUGUUUUUUGUAUUCAUUCAACUCGAAUCAUUAACUAGGAAAGAAAUAAAUAUGUCUACAAUGCUGUAUUUGAAAUGAUAGAUGGAUUGGUAAUGAAUGAUAACGGCAUUAGAUUAAUUGUAGGUUUUGGAACACGCGGAGACUUUCCAAAUUAAUCAAUAACGACAUAUCAUCAAUAGUAUUCUGAUAUGACAGAUAAAAAUAUUAUUAUAUACAAGGUUAUUUGUACAACACCAUUUAUCUAGCAAAACUGGGUACCUAUCAUAUAGUUUGCCAAUAUCAGCUAUUUAAAUCGGUGCUGGUGUUUUACAAGUAAUAAUGAAUCAAUCAACAGCACAUUGAGCUAUCCAAAACCAUACAACGGUUUAAUUUUUUCAAAUUUCAAUUCGUAGAUAUUUCCAUUGCACAGUUUUCAUGCAGGGACUUGAGGUGCGGUUCUACAUCAUGAGCUAGCCCUCAAUAAUUAUACGAAUAAUGAAAUCCAAGAUCCAAGACAAUAUGAAAAGAAUCAUUUGCAAUCUGACUGAUGGGGGAAUCCCAAACCAUGCUCAGAAGGCAUUGAUAUUUAUUUAUCGUUGUAAAUAAGUGAUGAUAUUGUGUAUGAUAUAUUCAGUUAAAGGUGUAGAUAUUUAAGACCUGUUUAGAUCGGAUGUUCAAAAUAAAAAAAUACAUAUCA